AUGACCGCGGGAACACCCACGACACCACCAGAUCUCUUCGUUGAAGCGCCUGAUGCCAUGAAGACGAGUACAACGAGGCUGAUUCUCCCCGAAUGGGAUGCCCCUCCUCUCAAACACCUUCAUAGUUCACUCGAUCUCAUCUCUUUGCUUCAUCUAGACCCCCUAUACGACACUUACGUGAAGCCUUUCGCUGAUCCGAUUUCGGAAGAUGUGACUAUCUCCGGUGAUGGAGGAGCAGUCGGGGGAGAAAUCAACUCGGACGACGAGGGAGGGAAGAUGAAGGGUACAGCUAAGAAAAAAAAACGAGCAAAGUUGGAGAAAGGAUAUUCCCAUUUGCUUGAGGACGUCAUCGACCCUACCCCUCUGGGUGAAAAGCAACAUCACCCCCAACUUAUUCCUCUGGUUCCAGAAUUCCUUCGACCCCCAGCCCCUCCUGCACAUCUCAUAGAAGAAUCAAUUCAGUUGCUUCCUCCUGAAUACUUCCGAGUGGCUCGUCUAGACUCCGGUCUCAAGCAGGAAGGUUAUUCGAACAAGGAGAAAGCGGGAGUUCGUGAAGCGGAGGAGAAAAGAAAGCUUUAG